AUGUAUCUUCGACGAGACAGUGAGAGCGGCGGUACAGCCGUCAGUUCGGCCAGGACCCCGGAAAACAAACCUUCCUCUACCCGCACGAUACCCUUUACUCCCCGAUCCGAACUGAACACUACCACCGCCCCCAAGCUUGAGCUCUUGCUCGCUUGGAUCUUGGUGCUGUACCGCGAGAAUGACGAUGGUAGCCAGAUUUCUUGGGGCGCCAGAAUCAACGGCGGACAAUCGUCUGAGACGAACCACUCCCUGGACCUGAGCAACGUUCCCUUCCAGAAGAACUGCUCCUUGACAUCAGCACUGGAAGCUGUCCAGCAGCUAGACCCUACGACACCUGAACAGGAGAGCACCACGCAACACACACUUUUGUUCAACAACGGAUCAGCAGCCACCAAAAGUGGUCGUGAGAAGGACUCACAAAACAACUUUCGCGAAAUUGAGGUCUCAUAUUCUGAACAGGAGUUGACCGUGAAAGCGGACUGGAGCCGAACAGCUUUGUCAACAAGUCUCGCCACGACAAGACUCAACUCAUUCAUCGACAUCCUUACCACAAUCCUGGAACACCCAGAGCGGUCCGUCUCAGAAGCUACUGGCCCGACAUUGGCAGACCUUGAUCAAUUGUGGUCAUGGAACGCCACACUGCCGCCGCUGAUGGAGCAAUGCAUGCACGAUAUGAUCACCGAACAGGCCGUCUCUCAACCGGACGCCCAUGCCAUCGAGUCAUGGGACGGAAACUUCACGUACGCCGAGGUGGAGGACCUCUCUACACGCCUGGCCAAGCACCUGGUCGCCCGCGGAGCGCAGGUCGGGGGCAUCAUUCCGCUUUGCUUUGAGAAGUCGCGAUGGACCAUUGUUGCUCUGCUUGCCGUCAUGAAAGCCGGUUCUGCUUUUGCGCUCACAGAUCCCAGCCAGCCGGAAGCCCGUCUGCGGACGAUCAUUGAGCAGACUGAUGCCAGACUGCUCAUCACCUCGCAACUCCAGAGCACCCUAGGUGAACGCAUUGCUGGCGAUGCCACCACCACAGUUGUCGUCUCUGGUGAGACGCUCGAGCAGUUGACGCCGGAGCCUGACGCUGCUCUUCCCACGAUCCCGACCUCAUCGCCCCUCUACAUUCAAUUUACCUCUGGCAGUACCGGCAAGCCCAAGGGUGUCAUGUGCUCUCACGAGAACUACACCAGCGGUGCUGUUCCUCGAGCCGAUCUUGUCGGCUACAGGUCGCACUCCCGCGUCUUCGACUUUGCCUCCUAUGCUUUCGAUGUGAGCAUCGACUGCAUGCUUUGCACGCUUGCGAAUGGCGGAUGCUUCUGCAUCCCCUCCGAUGAGGAUCGCAUGAAUGACCUCAGUGACGCCAUCCGCAAGAGCAAGAGCAACAUGGCGCACAUGACGCCCUCCGUCGCCAGAGUUCUGGACUCUAAUGUAAUCCCCCUGGAGUCAAAGUGCCAAGGUCAUCAUCGCGUACGGCCCUCCGAGUGCACAGUCGGUUGCACCAUCAACGGGAGCGUCAGUAGCACGUCGACCAAUAUCGGCAAAGGCACUGGCGGCCUCACUUGGAUCGUCGACCCCGACGACCACGACCGCCUGAUGCCCGUCGGCGCCGUCGGUGAGCUCCUCAUCGAGGGCCCCGUCGUGGGCCUGGGCUAUCUCAACGACCCCACAAAGACGGCCGAAGUCUUCAUCAAGGAUCCUACUUGGCUUCUCGCCGGCGGCGGCGGCGCGCCCGGCCGCCACGGUCUCUUGUAUAAGACGGGUGACCUGGUCAGGUAUGACCCUGAUGGCACCGGCGCCAUCGCCUUUGUCGGCCGAAAGGACCAGCAAGUCAAGCUUCGCGGACAGCGUAUCGAGCUGGCCGAGGUGGAACACCAUCUCCGGGGUAAGCUCCCGUCCAGUGUCAAGAUUGCGGCCGAAGUCAUCAAGCCGGGCGGCACCGAGCCGACGCUGGUGGCCUUCAUCGUCGAGCAGGCAUCAGCCGCGACCGAUGACGGAGAGGGCGAUCUCACGACUCUUUCCGCAGAGCUCAGCCAAAUCGUCGCCGAGAUUGACACAGCUCUUGGAGCCGAGAUUCCUCGAUACAUGGUUCCGUCGUCGUACAUUCCUCUGCGCAAAAUGCCCUCGCUUGUUUCUGGAAAGAUCGACCGCAAGCGUCUCCGCGAGCUGGGAUCGUCGAUGAGCAGGGAGGAGGUUGCCCGUCUGCGCGCUGUCAGUGCCGAGAACACGGCGCCGCAAUCCGACAUGGAGAAGGCCUUGCACCGAUCGUGGGUCAAGAUCCUGGGCACAGCGUCCGAGAUUGGCCUGCAAGACAGCUUCUUCGCUCUCGGAGGCGACUCACUGCGAGCUAUGCGAAAUGGCCGCCACCGCGACUACGGCUUCGCAGGGAAACGCAAGAAGCCGUGGAGCCCUUCUCGUUGCUUGACAUGGACUGGAGCCAUGCCCAUUUUGAGGACGAGAAUUGUCCAGGUGCCCCAGCACGGCCUCGUCCAAGUCGUUGUCAACGAGAAAAUUGCCUGGCACAUUGGCGAUGACCUCCAGGGCUAUCUUGUGAAGGACCGCGACGAGGCAAUGGACCUCGGCAAGCCCCUUGUGCGAUACGCUCUCAUUACCAGCCCCGAAUCAUCAAAGGUAUACUUUGUUCUCACCAUGCACCACGCGCUCUAUGAUGGAUGGUCCAUGCCCCUGGUCGUCGAUCGCGUCAAUAAAGCAUAUGACGGCCAGAAGGUGCAGCGCCCGGCCGAGUUCAAGAACUUCAUCCGCUACCUCAACGCAGUGAGUCGCGAAGAAGGCGAGACCUUCUGGAGGGAGAGGCUGCAGGGCGCCAACGGCCCUCAGUUCCCGGCUCUGCCGUAUGAAGGCUAUCAGACGCAAGCGGACUCGCUUCUUGAGAUCCACGUACCGCUGUCUGGUCGACCGGCGUCCAACACGACAGUGGCGACUGUCAUUCGUGGUGCGUGGGCCUAUGUUGCCUCGCGCUACAGCGCAACAACGGACGUCGUCUUUGGCGAGACGCUCACCGGGCGCAAUGCUGCCCUCAGGGGCGCCGAAGAGAUUGAAGGCCCCAUGAUCACCACCAUUCCGUUCCGUGUCCAGAUCAACGACGAGAGCAGUGUCGCAGAGUAUCUCCAGGAAAUUCAAGACUCGACCGCCCAGCAGAUUCCCUACGAGCACACGGGCCUGCAGCACAUUCGCCGUCUCAGCCCCGACGCCUACGAGGCCUGCGAACUGCGGACAGGCCUUGUUCUGCAUCCCAGUGCCGAGGGUGAAGCGCAACCCAACACGGCGGUCUACCCUGCCGACAGACUCGUGCCCGCCGGCGACUCGGAGGCCGCACAGGAGGCCUUGAAAUUCAACACGUAUGCGCUCAUGCUCGUCUGCGCCCUCGACUCGAAGGGCUUCUCGGUCAUGGCCAGCUUCGACUCCAACACGGUUGAGAAGUCCUUGAUGGAGCGGGCCCUAAACCAGUUCGCUCGUGUCGCGACCCAGCUCUGCGAGAUGACGGACGCUCCUAUCCGAGACUUGCGCUACCUCACAAACGACGACCAGGUUGAGCUCUGGCGCGCGAGCAUCAAGAACCCGCAAAGCGUGCAGGACAAGUACCCCGAGACUCGGGCUGUCUGGAUCGUCGACCCACAGGAUAGCACGCGCCUGGCGCCUCUCGAGGCACUUGGAAAGCUCGUCGUCGUGAGCACAGCGGAUCUUUCUCUCCCGACCAUGGACGAGCCCCUCUGGCUAGAUGUUGUCAACGGUCACGCGGACGAGCAGAGGGCCGCCAAGUUCUUCAAGACCGGUAAGCUCGCCAAGCUCAGCGCCGACGGCUCCGUCCAGAUCACAGAGAAGAAGAGCGCUGCCGCUAAGAGCGCGGCCCCCAGUCGCCCUGUCAAGAAGAUCUCGGCGACUUCGGCAAAGCAGCGACGCCUGCGGACGCUCUGGAGCCGUGUAUUGAGGUUGACGGAGGAGGAUAUCGGUCUCAACGACAGCUUCUUCAGGCUCGGUGGUGAUUCGAUCUCCGCCAUGAAGCUCGUGUCCGAGGCUCGCGCGGACAACCUGCGCCUGACCGUCGCUCAGGUAUUCAAGAACAGAACCCUGUUUGACAUGGCCAGUGUCCUUGAGGAUUCGGAGCCCACGCAGAACAAGGAGAUCGUCGAGCCCCUCGAGCCCUUUGAGCUCGUCGAGGAGGCGCAAGCUACCAAGUUCCUCGUCAACACGGUUCGUCCCGCACUCGCGGACAAGUCGUGGAACGUCAUCGACGUGCUGCCCACGAGGCCGCUGCAGGAUGCUGCCAUCAAGGGCACCAUCCAGCUGCCUCGCUUCUCGGCGAGAUACGAGGCCAUGUACUUUGACGGCGACGUCAACAAGGCACAGCUAUACCAGAGCUGCCAAGAGCUUGUCACGCGCAACGAGAUCUUGCGCACCGUCUUCAUCGCCCACAAGGAGUCAUACCUGGGCGUGGUACUGGAGUACAUCGAAACGCCGGUGGCGGAGUAUGAGAUUGACGGAGACGUCGAGCCUUUCGUCAAGCAGCUCUGCACCAUGGACAGCUACACGAGGAUGCCGCUCGGCUCGUGCUUUGUCAAGUGGUUCUUCGUCCAGAGCAGCAGCGGCCCGUCGGCGCUCAUCUUCCGCGUCUCGCACGCGCAGUACGACGAGAUUUGCCUGCCCGUCAUGCUGCAGCAGCUGUCGGCUCUGCACGAGGGCAAGCCCGUCCCCAACAGCCUCCCCUUCUCGUCGUACGUCGGCCACGUCGUCAAGUCGAACAUACCCAAGGGCCUCGACUACUGGCGCGACCUUCUCCAGGGCUCGUCCCUCUCCGUGCUCAAGCCCGACACGCCCGUCGCCAAGCGCAACCAUUUUGCGGUGCACAGGCAGUUUGACAUCUCGGCCCGCUCCAAGGACAUCACGGUCGCCACGCUCCCGACGGCGGCCUGGGCCCUCUGCCUCGCACGCCGCCUGGCGACGCGCGACGUCACCUUUGGCGAGGUCGUCAGCGGCCGCACCAUCGACUUCUCCAACGCCGACGCCGUCGUCGGCCCCUGCUGGCAGUACGUGCCGCUGCGCGUGCAGUUCGCCGCCGGCUGGACGGCCGCCGACCUCCUCGCCCACGUGCAGAACCAGCACAUUGCCUCGUCGGCGCACGAGGCGUCGGCCUGCCCGAGGUCGUGCGCAGUGCACCGACUGGCCCGCGAGCGUCGACUGGCUUGCAUUUCGUUGGGAAGGGUUCCUGUUUCCUGA